AUGGUCGAUUCCGAGGCCGUUGAAAGCAUCGGGAAAGAGUACGUUGACCGAGCUUCCGGUGUCGAUGAGGAUUCGCCUUACGUCGAAAUCGGCAAUGUCUGCUCGAAUGAUCAUGGGAUCGGAAUGGAGGAAGAAGAUGCCCUUCUCUUCUUCUUCAGAAAAGGUGAUGGGUUCCCAUCCGAAUCGUUGGAUUUUGCUGUUGCGCUUCUUAGUGAGGCUGAGGACCUGAGGGUGCCGAACGGCACGUACAUAACUCUUGACGGACCGACGGCUGCAGUCAGCGAUCGGUGUACCGCCGCUGAUCACGUUGAUCUGCCGAUUGCCCUGGUGCUCGAGACCCGAUUGUGUGCUCAGAUACUGGGCGAUGCAGGACUCGGUAUCGUGGCCGUUGUAUUGAUGGUAUCGGCAGAAGACUCCUGUAUCCUUGUCGACUUGCCAAGGGAGCUUCCGGAGACUUGGCUUCGGAAUCAUCUGAUUUUCGGCCAUGAGGACAUGUUCAUAGGUCGAGUUAAGAAUGGUGAAGACCUCCGGCGGUCGGUCUCUUUUGGUGUUUCGGAAGUUUCGGCCACCUGA